AUGGAUGAGAAGUUCGUAGCAGAGUGUCUAACAAAUCUCUUUUCUGUUGCGCGCCAGUUGGUUGGAAGAUGUCAAAAGGUACAGCCGCAUGAGUUUUGGGGCGAGGUCGGAUCACAUCUCGUCUGGGCUCGUGAGCUAAGCGGCUCUGACCUGCUAGACUUUUCCAAUAGAAUUCUUUCCGCCCGAAACGCCUUCAGGUCCAAGGUACAGUUCUACGGGGAGAGCAGAAUGCCUGUCGAAGAGAUCCCCGAAAGAUACCGGACUUGGGCUGACAGCCCCCUACUCCAAGCGAUGCAAGAGUGGACACAUUCCCUCCAUGAGACUUACGGUCCAUUUUCGGAGGAAAGGCAACUAUACUAUCCUCAGUGGCUAGUAGACUCCGAUAAUGAAGGCACUGCCGAAGCAACGCAAGAAAGAUUCGAGGAGCGACUUGAGGAGAUGCGAAGAAUUCGACAGCAACGAAGCGAGCUUAAGGACAAUGAAGGCCAAGAGACUGAAGCUGGAGUUGCUAAUACUGAUGGUCAGGAUGUAGAAAUGGAGGUUUCCGAGGGUUAUAACGAUCCUGACGAUGAGGAUGAUUAUCAGGACGAUUAUGAGGGUGAUUAUGACGAUGGUUACGACGAUGAGGAUGAUGAAGAGGGCUACUAUGAUGAAGGGGACUACUACGACGAAGAGGGCUACUACGACGAGGACGACGACGAGGACGACGAAGAGGACUACGAAAAGGAUGAUGAGCAGGAGGAAACAGAGCACAAGGAUAUCGAGAUGUCAGAUGCUCAGGACAGUAGCCAGGCUGGGAUUUCUGCAGAGCACAAGGAUAUCAAGAUGUCAGAUGCGCAGAACGAUGCCCAAGCUAUCGUCUCCACAAAGGUUUCUGCAGAGCUCCCUUUGCGUCCUCAUUAA